CAAAGCCCAGGACUGUAACGCACUAUGGCGGGCCAACGCAAGCUCCUGAGCGAGAUCGACCGCACGCUCAAGAAGGUGAGCGAGGGCGUGGACGUGUUCAACGAGAUCUGGGACAAGGUGUAUGCAGCCACUGCGCAGAACCAGAAGGAGAAGCAUGAGGCGGAUCUGAAGAAGGAGAUUAAGAAGCUGCAGCGCUUCCGAGACCAGAUCAAGACGUGGAUUAACAACUCGGACAUCAAGGACAAGCGGCCGUUAGUGGAUACACGAAAGCUCAUUGAGCAGAAGAUGGAGGAGUUUAAAGUAUGCGAGAAAGAGACCAAGACCAAGGCGUACAGUAAGGAAGGCUUGGCACAAGUCGAACGCUUGGACCCGGAGCAGCAGGCGCGACAGCAGUCCCACGCGUGGAUCCAGGACUGCCUUAACCAGUUCAACGUGCAGAUCGAGGCGCUCGAGAGCGACGUGGAGCGUCUCCACUCAGCCAAAGGCCGGAAUCGCAACAAGGCUGAGAUCGAGGAGAAGGAGAAGCUUCUGUCCAGGCACAAGUGGCACAUUCUCAAGCUCGAACAGAUCAAUCGGCUGUUGGAUAAUGCGGCACUUGAGCCUGAACAGGUAGAUGAGCUAAAGGAGGACGUCGACUACUAUCUCGAAGCCAAUCAGGAGCCAGACUUUAUGGACACGUACGGAGACGACGACAUCUACGAGACGCUGGACCUCGACACGCUCGGAGCUGCAGCACAAGUGGCUCUCCCUACGGAGCAAGACGUGGGUAUUGACGACACCAGUUCAGCCGCUACGACGUCUGCUGCUGCUACAACCUCCAGUGGACGUGGGAAGACGCCUCGCAAGAGUGUCACGUCGUCUGUGAUUACAGGAAUCGGCCGUGCGGGUGCUGUCAAGCCUAUCGAUCUCAAGUCGUCGACUCCUAGUCGCUCUAGCAGCACAACCAAGAGUGAUACGUCACCGUCUAACGGCAUCAAGACAGACGACCUUAAGAUCGGCAAGGGACGUACGACUCCACAGCGUGCAAAGAGCGGCUCAUCGUCCUCAGAGAAGAGCUCCAGCAAGACGCCAACGCCGGUUCCUUCCUCUCCUGCAGUCGGCACACCAGCACGUAAGGUAUCACCACCCACACCUCAACGUACGCCGUCUCCGACUGUCAGUAAGGGACAAGCAGUAGGCACCAGCUCGUCGUCGUCGUCUGCGUCGCCUGCAGCAGCUAAACCGCCAGUUCCAGCUCCGUCACCGGCGCCAUCUAACGCGUCGUUGCCACCGCCAGUGCCUGCCCCGUCUCCCACUGCCAAUACCUCAGUCCCUGUCUCUGUAUCUGCCCCGGUACCUGCAGUAUCUACAGCGCCGACACCUACACCAGCAGCGAAACUUCGACCGUUGGAGGAGUCGCCACAGCUCACGGAAGAGCAGAAACAGGUGCUGCGAAUGAUCGACGAGAGCUUUCACUUCGUCCCUGAGAGCCGCGACUCGGAGAAGGCCAACCGCUACGUUCCUCGCAAUCUGUACCCGACGCCGGCGUCGUUCCCGGCCACGCCGUCCACGUUGUUCUCGAGUGCUCCGAUCUUUGAGAAACUGGACGUAGAUACGUUGUUCUUCAUCUUCUACUACCAGCAAGGCUCGUAUCAGCAGUAUCUGGCAGCACGCGAACUGAAGCGACGGACGUGGGGCUACCACAAGAAGUACAAGACGUGGUUUAAGCGACAUGAAGAGCCACAGGCCACAGGCGAGGACUACGAACAAGGCACCUUCGUCUACUUCGACUACGAGACUGGCUGGUGCCAACGGAUUAAGACGGAGUUCACCUUUGAGUACAGCUACCUCGAAGACGAGCUACAGUAAACAAAGAGCUCUGUGAG